AUGAAGUCCAAAGUUACGAUCAGCAGUUGGGUCACUAUGUGGAACCAAUAUGUGGAGAAGUAUUGCACCGUCUGCAUCGACUCCAUGAGGUUGCUAGCUGUCGAGUUGGAAACCGUUGCUCCACCCAUGGUCGUCGUCACCACCGAGCUAACCAUGGAUCCAUCUUCGUCACACGUAAAUUCACCACCCAUUGAGAACCCGUCAACUUCUACCGCCGACUCGAUAAUCAUAGCAGUCGAUCAGGAGACGAAAUUGGCGGAGCUUGCCACCAAAUAUAGGGCGUUGCAUCAUGUUAGCUCUGGUUUCGACGAGCAGAGCUUGGAGAGGCGCGCACUAGGGGAACAAUGGCACCCCAUCAACAGGAAUUUGAGCCAUAUGUUGGAGAUCCUGAACCGUAACCUAAAAUGCAUGGAAGCAUGGCGUCUGUGGAAGGAUACUAGUGACCCGGCCUACGAAGCGAAGGCGUCCGAGGCCAUGGAGACGAUGGAGGAGUCGACUUCACCUCUCGCAACUGCCACUCCGGUGCCAGUGCCUCUGUGGAGUCCAAAGAAGAAGAAGUCGUUAGUCUCAUCAAUAUUGCUCCAUCGCCGUCUCGAGAGUUUGCCGUCGUUGCUGCGGCUACGAGGCUAG